AUGUUGAGGAAUUCAUUGGCAAAGGGAAGAUUCAUCCAAGUGAGAUUCCAAUCCUCUCAAAUCUUGAAGAGUGAUAUCAACAUCACCAGAACUGGUGAUGUUAAAAUUGCUGUUGGCCAUAAUGGUCGUUCCUCAAGAACUGGUUAUACAGCAACAGUGUUUGGUGCUCCUGGGUUUGUUGGACGUUAUUUAACUUCUAAGCUAGCUAAAAAUGGUACAAUCACUGUUGUUCCAUAUAGAGAUGACCUCAAGAGAAGAUUCUUAAAAGUUCCUGGUGAUUUAGGUGUUGUUAAUUUUGUUGAAUUUGAUGUUAGAAAUUUAGAAUCAAUCAAAGAAGCGGUCAAGUAUUCAGAUAUUGUUUAUAAUUUAAUCGGUGUUGAUUAUGAUACAAGAAAUUUCAAGAUGGCUGAUGUUAACAUUGAAGCUGCCAAACGUAUUGCACAAGCAACAAAAGAUGCCGGUGUUCCAAGAUUUAUCCAUGUUAGUUCUCAUAAUGCCAACCCAAAAUCAGAUUCAAUCUUCUUUGCUACAAAAGGGCUGGGAGAACAAGCUGUUCGUGAAAUUUAUCCUGAUGUUACUAUUGUUAGACCAGCUCCAUUAUAUGGUAGAGAAGAUAGAUUGUUAAGUAUCUUGGCAGAUGUUAAAUUGGUUUGGACUGUUAACAAUAAUUUGGAAACAAUUUAUCCAGCACAUGCUUUAGAUGUUGCAACUGCCUUGGAAAGAAUUGGUUUCGAUGAUUCAACUGUGGGUCAAACUUUUGAAUUGUUUGGUAAUGAAAGAUAUAGUAUUCGUGAAAUCAGAAAUAUGAUUGAACCUGUCACUAAGAAAGACUAUAUUAAUGUCAAUCUUCCAAAAGGUCUUGCUCUAGGAUUGGCAAAAUAUUUACCAAACUUUAUAUGGCCAAAUACUGAUCAAAUAGAAAAACAAUUCAUCAAUCAAGAAAUUGAUCCAACUGCAAAGACUUUUGCUGAUUUGCAAAUCAUUCCUGAUAGAUUAGAAGAUCUUGUUUUCCGUUACACUCAUGACAGAAGAAACUAUUUACAUGCUCAAGAUUUACCACCUACUGAAAAGGAGAUUCAAGAAAAGAGAAAGUAUGUUACUGUUCUUGAUGCUUGA